AUCCCGUGCUUUUUUUUUUUGGUAAAAUGAAAAUGAAAAUCCCGUGCUUGUAAAUUUGUUUUUGUUCCGAAAGUAUCCAAGUAUCUGCGCAAAGCCAAGAAAUUGAGAGAAAGCAUAUCUUCUUCUAAUAAAAUCUUGGGUUAUUGGCUUUGUGCUCGUGGCAGAGCAAAAACAUGCAGAGAGCUUCUAUACUCUGCUAUUCGAACCCACUCCAUCCAGUUACUCCACUACCCGCUUCUCGUUCACUCGCACCUCCAUCUCGGAGUCGACCCAGUCGUAAGGUCUCAGCUUCUGCACCUGCUCAGUUUCCCUUUUAUCGUCUGCAUAAUCACCGCCUUUCUCUCCCAGUCCCUCCUCUGCAGAGCACUGCUACUCAAGAGCAUGUAGAAGCUGCUGAGAUUGAGUCAGGAUCCAUUGAAGUUGGAUAUGUAUCGAAUGUGCAUGGACUCCAUGGGGAGGUUCGUGUGAAACCCAGCACUGAUUUUCCUGAAUUGCGGUUUUCCAAGGCUGGAAGAAGAUGGCUGAAACAACAAGUUUCAGGCAGAGAAAUGAUUCAAGAAGUGGAGCUAGUGGAGGGAAGAGGACACCCUGGUCAGAAAAGUUGGAUACUAAAAUUCAGGGGAAUUGAUUCGGUGGACCAGGCAAAGCUGCUUAUUGGAUCAACUUUGCUUGUGAGAGAAGAAGAAAGGCCGGAGUUGGAGGAAGGGGAAUUUUAUACUCGUGAUCUUGUUGGCAUGAGAGUUUACCUCAAGGAAACUGGUGAACUAGUAGGCACUGUGGUCAAUGUUUUUAACAGCGGAGCAAGUGAUCUUUUACAUGUUAUGCUUGACUCAAUAUACAUUAUUGAUGCAACUGAAAAGCAAAAGUCAGAGGGAGCAAGAGUAUCCGAACAUCUGGUGUGGAUACCAUUUGUUGAAGCAAUUGUUCCAGAUGUUGAUCUGAAGAAAAGAGAAAUGCACAUCACACCUCCAAAGGGACUCCUUGAAUUAAAUUUACGCUUUGAUGAUAGGUCCAAGAAAGAAAGGCAUCAGCUUGAAUGGAAAGAACGGAAGAAGUUCCAAAAGCGCCUCAUAGCUGCAAAAAAGAAGUUAUGUGAAAUUGAGCAAAAGCACGUGUUUCAUGGGUUAAGAUUUGGAGAGAAAUCACAGCGCAGCUUACUUGCUGAUCAGAUUGUUGGUAUGAAUUCAAAAUUGCUUCAACAGGUGCUGCAAGAUAUUGAGAUGUCCUCUAAAAGAUGGAAUAUAACUGACUUGGUUGGUUCCAUAAAAACCAAGCAAACAAGUAGUACAUUGAGUAUAUCAGAGGACUGCUUCACUUCUGGUGCAAGUAGAGAGAAGCUGGCGGUGCAUUUUCAUUUGCACGAGAAGGGACUCCAUCUCACAUCAGAAGGCAAAGUUGCCAUUGUUUUAGUUGUAAAUGACAGUGACAAGCAAGGAUGGGGUGGUGACCUUGAUCUUGUCGAAUCCCAAAGCACUGCGAAUUCACCAUAUAUGUUACUUGCUGACGAUCAGAGAUUUAUAAAGAUGGACGCCCGAGAAUCAGUGCCUCUGAUUUUGGUUUGCUCAGCUCGUGAAGUCCAAUCUUUGACCACAUUAUUCUCAAACAAUGAUCACUUUGGUUUUGACCCUGAAAAGGUCCGGUUCUUGGAAGAAGAGAAACUUCCAGUUGUUAGCAAUUCAUUGGAUGAUGACAAAAAGCAUAAGAUUUUGAUGAAAUCACCUUGGGAAAUACUCCAAUCACCUGUUGGAUCUGGAGGAGUUAUUAGCUUGCUUUCAUCACACGAUAUUCUAGAGAAUCUAAGUCAAAUGGGUGUGGAGUAUCUUGAGAUAUGCAGCACCAGUCAGAGAUUUGUUGGCUUGAACUCAAUACUUCUUGGAUUUGUGGAAUCAUGCAAAGCGGAUAUUGGGAUGCAAAUCUUCAAAGAUACUGUUUCGGAGGAAAAUUUUAACAUGGUAUACUCGAUGAACUUUAUGAAGAAGUUGACAAAAAAGAUCAAUGAACUAAAAUUCUUUGCAAUCCCAAAGCAAAGUUCACAUGUUGAGAUGAUUGACAAAGAGUGGGUUGAUGUUAUACCCUCCUUUCCCAACUCGUUUGAGUUACAUAGUAGCAUUUACAGCCCUUUAGAUGCCUGUUCUUAUGACAAGGUUUGCUUAAUGGAGAUUACAGAAUGAAUUCUAGAUCGGUCAUAUUAAUAGUCUUGUAUUUUAAAAAAUUUAUCUAGUAGUCUUUUUUGUUUAGACAUUAAUAAUGUUAAUAUAAUGGGAGUAUCAUUCUUAA